CCAUGACCUCCAGCUACGGGCACGUUCUGGAGCGGCAACCGGCGCUGGGCGGCCGCUUGGACAGCCCAGGCAACCUCGACACCCUGCAGGCGAAAAAGAACUUCUCCGUCAGUCACCUGCUAGACCUGGAGGAAGCCGGGGACAUGGUGGCGGCGCAGGCGGACGAGAGCGUGGGCGAGGCCGGCCGAAGCCUACUGGAGUCGCCGGGACUCACCAGCGGCAGCGACACCCCACAGCAGGACAAUGAUCAGCUGAACUCCGAGGAAAAGAAAAAGAGAAAGCAGCGGAGGAACAGGACGACAUUCAACAGCAGCCAGCUGCAGGCUCUGGAGCGCGUCUUUGAGCGGACACACUACCCAGACGCCUUCGUGAGAGAGGACCUUGCCCGCCGGGUGAACCUCACCGAGGCCAGAGUGCAGGUGUGGUUUCAGAACCGAAGAGCCAAAUUCCGCAGGAAUGAGAGAGCCAUGCUGGCCAAUAAAAACGCUUCCCUCCUCAAAUCCUACUCAGGGGACGUGACUGCUGUGGAGCAGCCCAUCGUACCUCGUCCUGCUCCACGACCCACCGAUUAUCUCUCCUGGGGGACAGCCUCUCCGUACAGCGCCAUGGCUACUUACUCUGCCACAUGUGCCAACAAUAGCCCUGCACAGGGCAUCAACAUGGCCAACAGCAUUGCCAACCUGAGACUGAAGGCCAAGGAAUAUAGUUUACAGAGGAACCAGGUGCCAACAGUCAACUGAGGAAAAAAAUAUAAUUAAACAGGCCUAAGAAGAAAUCAAAAACCAUAAGACACCUAUCCUGCUCUGUCAUUUCUUCAUCUGCUGGAAAAAAAUAAAUAAAAACAAACAAACAAACAAAAAACCUGAACUAAAAUAUUGGGACCAUGGCAGAGAAAAGCAGGAGAGGAGCAAAAUGAAAAUUAGUUAACCAAUGUUUCUCCUCCCUCUGAGAUACCACCACCACUUGUUUCUGCGUGUGUUAAUUUUGUUUUUCCUUCUACUCAUGCGCUUUGCUUUAAUAUACUCCAAGCUUCUUCAGUUAGGUUCAGCCCACCCACUCCCAUGAUCGUAUGGGUUUACAAAAAAAAAAAAAAAAAAAAAAAAAAACUACAGCAGCCAAAGAAACCAUAUAUAUAGUCAGAAUCAUUGUCUAGCGUCUCCUCAGUGACCUGUUUGAACCUCAGUGCCUUGCCCUAUCCUUCUUCCCAGUUCUCUGUAUAGAAACUCUAGGAACUUCUGAAAAGCCAAAGUCUUUCUGAAGAAUCUGUGCCAGAUAUGAUUUCCUGUCUCAUUGUCUCCGUGUCUGUCAGUCAUGGUAAGGUUUUUCCAUCAGCUACUGUUAAGAAAGCAAUUAUGUACAACAUCUGGUCACUGGUUUGUCUGAUCCAAUGUGAUUGGCUGUGUCUGGCUAAUUCUAAGCUCUAAGCUGUAGAUCUAAGCUCUCCAUAUAAGCUAUAGAUUUAAGCUCUAAGCUGUAGAUGAUAAUAUCACCAUCACCACCACCCCUCACCCCCAUCCAAGCAAUCAGCCAUCUUAAGUUAAAGAUAUUUGUUGUUUUUGAAUGAUUUGCUGUCACGAGCUUGACACUCGAGAGAGGGAGAGACAUUUCUUCAGGAAAACAAAGACUGAGUUGUGAAAGGCAUGGCCUAUAUCUCUUUAGUGCCUUAAGGAUAGUCAGAUGCACACUUAUAUAUAUACUGUAUAUAUUUAUAUAUUUUAUAUAUAUAUAUAUAUAAAAUAUUCUUGCAAGCUUGAGUUUGCAGUUUCUCAAACACUACAAAAAAAACAAUUUUACACCAUCACCACUGUCCUUAAUCUCUCCAGUGAUGAGAUGUUUUUAAGGAUCUUGUUUCCUUUCUUUCUCAACAUAAAAUUCUCAUUAAGGCCAGAGAGCGAUUGAUAGGGCAUUUGUUUAAGAACAGGUCUCAUUUUCACAUUUGGGCUUUAAAUAAAUUAGAACCUAUUUGAGGCUAUAAAAAUGUUCUUGAGUUUGGAGGCUGAGCUCUGGUGGAAUGGGAAUAUAUCCCAAUACAUCAUGGGAAUUACAUUUAGAGGAGUGAAAGCCAUGUCGUCAUCUGCCCCUUCUCCACUCAACAGGAAUCUGAAAGACGUGUGUUUAAAUGGAAUCCUUAAAGUCUUGUCUAAAUUCCAAAAAUUUAAAAGGCAACUGUGGGCUAGUCUUUUACUAAUAUUUUGAAAUAAAGUUUAGUGCCUAGGGCUGUGAGCUGGGACUGACCUGUCUUUGUUUCUUUCUUUUUGUCUCCAGCUGUGCUUUUAUAACUUGUCAGGUGGACUAGACCAAACCACACCACCAUGCUGUGCCUCAGUUUACCUUUUUGUAAAAGGGGUUUAACAAUACUUACCUACCUCACAGGGGUGUUGUGAGGCUCUAUUCAUUUGCUCCUUCAUUCUUUCCUGUAUUCUCUGUUUGUGCAGCACUUUGUAGCCAUGGGAGGAAAGGGACUAUAAAAGUAGACAAUGUUAAUGGAAGGUUACGGUACCUGGAAGCCUUGUUUUCUAGCAAGGAAAUGCUACCUUGCUGUAAAUACUUAUAGCCUUGUAUUUGGAAAUGAGAAAUAGGUUUAUAUUUACAGACCUCUCAAAAAUCACAUCACUUGACCAAAGAAUAAUUUAAGAUACACAGAACAGACAUAUUUUUGACAUAUUUUUAUCCUGACCAGGUUGGUUCUAAUAACUUUAGUUAUCAGUAAUUAAAAAGCUUUAGAUUGGUUUUGGCCAAAUAUGCCAACUCUGAGUGACAGGCAUGGACUAUUGAGUUUAAGAUGCACUUUCAGCACAUUUGUUACCCUCUUGGCCUAUCAAGUUGAACUAAUGGUGGUAUUUUUUCAGCCAAACAGCCACCAGUCUGAAAAUGUAUUUUAAAUGUUGAAUCUGUACUUCUUUUAAUAACAAGAAGAAAGCCCACCUUACGCAUUUUGCUUUCAUCCACUGAUUUCCUCUUCUUUUAGCAUACUAUUAAAAUAUUUCUUACUGAUGUUUCAUGUAGGCUGGCUGAACACCACAUAUUACUUGCUUCCUAAGGAGUCCCUUGACUAAUUCUUUUGUCCCACUAGCUCCUGUGGGCUAUCAAGAUUCAAAGGAACAGUGUAGUCUAACAGAUGAAAACGUUCUUUGUGAAAUGAGUGCGAUCCAAGAAAUUGGCCAACUUUUGGAGUUUAGACUUUGGGGAGAAUAGCUAAAAGUGAGUUUGGGUUAUAGUGCAAGGAACAGAAAUCAUACAUGACGAGAUGCUGCUAGGAAAGGGGAAUUUUUGAAGAGGGAAGAAAGGAAUAGAAGGUCAUGUGAAACAGUCAUUUGAAGCUUGCACCCUGACAUCCGUUUUCAGGGGUGAACAGAAAAGCCUGAACCCCAAACCCAAACACUAUGUGAAACUGGGCAGUUUUACCAUCAAUGCCUGGGAAGCAAGAGAGUAGCCAGCGCUGGUCAGCCAUAGAAAUUUUCAUUGCUAGUGAAUCAACACCACAAACAUUUAUUAUCUAAGCACCUGAUCAAAAAGUAUACACAUGAGACAAGCACUCAGUAUUGUUCAUUUAUUAUUGAUUUUUUUUUAAAGUAGAAGUUUGAUAUAUGAUUUAGAGGAGUAGCCUUUUGGCUUCCAAGCCAGGUCUCAACAGAGGACCUCAGGCCAACAAAGUUCCAAGGCAUACCCCCUGUUCCUCACCAUCAUUAUACCCAGAUGCAGAUGAAUACAUGCAAACUAUCUGUCUGUGUCCCCAGUCCUUCCCCAAACAAGAUGCUGAUUUGUAGGAUACUUGGCAGGUUAAGUCAAACCAGAAGAGGUGAUUGAAUAAAAAAGGGAAUGACACGUAGGGUAUAAAGAUCUCGUAAGAAAUGAAAUAUGUAAAUUAUAUCUUGCUUUAUGAUGUAAAAUAUACAUUGUUUGCGCUAGAAUAGAAAUGAUUCCUUUUCAAUAAAAAGAAGGAUACUACUAUGCAGUCUUUUGUUA